AUUGUAGAUUUGCCGCAGAUGGAAAUAACUACUUGGCCGGACAAAUGGGGAGUGGUGAAGGCUCUCACCCGGUACAACGUUUAAGACAACAGGCCUGAGGGUGCCCAGCCCAGAAAAACAUUUGAAAGAAUGAAUUGACCCUAAGUGGGUCGAUAGCGAUAAGCGCUGAAUGGGAAUCGUCGACCAUGCCCUAAGCCCGCGGGGAACCAGAAAAUUGAACCGAAAGUAUUUAGAUUCGAUCGAAGAUGGUUAGUUGAAUGACUACGCAAAAUGGCGGAAUACGAUGUAAUGCCCUAUGAAGACUUUUUCCAAGAGAGAAACGACAAUGUCUCAGACCUCCACGCUUAUUACAUGACACAAUUUAACUUGGAACUAGAAAACUGCAAGAAAAAGGACAGUUUCAAAUAUGGAGUUGAAGAAAGUUUCGAUUUAGAAGUCCUCGAUUGGAACAGCAACAAAAACACAGAUCUAGAAAUCAUAGAUCAGGUUAUAGAUAGCAACAUUGAUGAACAAAACAUCAAAGAAGUUCUUUUAGAUCUGGAUAGUAUAGACUUCGAUAGUAAAAGUAUCAAAACUGAUUCAAAUAGUAGCACAAACAAAACCGAGACGAGUUUAUACGAAACCAAUGAAUACAUUGACGAUGAAUCUUUGAUAGAUGAACUUUGCAGAGAAGAAGGUGAGUCUAGACUGUCGCCAGAAGGUUUUAAUGAAGACUUUCUUGCAAACAAUGAGAAGAUUCUACCUUCAAUGGAAACAGCGUUUUCAAAAAGGUACUGCAAUUACAACGUUGAAGAGACCAUUCCAUAUCCGGUGCAAAAUACUCAAAUAAUGAACAGUAUAGAGCAUUACAGUUAUCCGAAUAAUAUUCUGUACAAUAUUGACAAUGCUAAGAACCUACCAGACACUCCAACGAGUUGUACAGAAUUUGAUUUCGAUAGAAGAAAGGUGUCCGUAUCUGAAUCUAUAGAAAGCGAUGUACAAAGUUCUACUUAUUACGACGAAAAUUCAGAAACAUUUGAUGAAGAUGAACUAUUUGUUAAUUUGGAUGACUUUGGGUUGAAUUUUGAGAAGGAUGAAGAGGUAACUGCCGUAGAAAGCAGAACGCUGCAGUUUGAAAAGAAAGCUGAAAAAGAGAAAGUACAAGGUGAACGAACAUGUCUAUGGGAACACUGCUAUGAAAGAUAUCCAAAUCAAAACACCUUGGUAGAGCAUAUCGAAAAAGCUCAUGUCAACUCGUACAAAGGAGAUGAAUUCAGCUGCCUCUGGCGCGACUGCACGCGUGCCCGUCGACCGUUCAACGCGAGAUAUAAACUGCUCAUUCAUAUGCGCGUGCAUUCCGGACAUAAACCCAAUCGAUGCCAUCACCCCGGCUGCGGCAAGGCUUUUUCCCGGCUGGAGAACCUGAAGAUCCACGUGCGCUCCCACACGGGCGAGAGGCCCUACGCCUGUCUUGCUCCUCACUGCCGGAAGGCCUUCUCCAACUCUUCAGACAGAGCCAAGCAUCAGAGAACACAUUUUAAUGCUAGACCUUACGCAUGCGGCGCAGCGGGUUGUGGCAAGCGCUACACGGACCCUUCGUCCCUCAGAAAGCACGUCAAGACCCACCCCCACGUCAACGUGCCCAGGACGUGUAUACCACCAGCUAGACCCCUCAGAAGGCCCGAGGAGCAGCUCGUACCCAGCUCUCCAGCGAAAUUGACCACCUUGAGGUGCAUUAGGGAUAAAUUGACAGUCCCGAGGUAUCAAAGAUUGUAAUUUUGAUUUCGUAAAAU